AUGGUGUGGUGCCUAGUGCGUGACAUUCACAGAAGCUCAAACAUUGGCAAGGGGUUGGUGGCUGCUGGUCGAUUUCUCUGUAAGGAUCACAUGCUGAUGACUGGCAGCCUGAAUGCAACUUUUCAAGCAUUUUCAGCCAGAUCAAAGCACGUUCGAGCCCCAUUUGCGGCCCAGCAACUGCCAUUGUGCUUUGUCCAUAUGAGGAUGGCAUGCGAUGAAUGCAAAGCUUCAGAGAGAUCAAUCGAAGUUCGAAGCCCAGAUGCUCAAAUGCUUGGUAAGGAGGUGCUGCGGGACUUGGCAAACACUCGUGCAGCUUACAAGUUGUCAAAACAGGAACUGCAGGUGGUGAACUUCUUCUUCUCGACAUUGAAGUUGUCCUACAGAGGAGUCAGAGCGAUCCUCCAGAGGUGCCCCCAGGUCCUGCGCCUGUCUCUUAAGAAUGCCAUUGUGCCCAGGUUGGCUCUGUUUGGAGCCCAGGGGCUGUCUUGGGAGGACAUUGGGCCUGUCCUGGUGGGGUGCCCAGAGCUGCUGCUCAUUCCCGCCUUUGAAGGCAACCUCAAGAUCUUUGCAGACUAUGCAAAGUCAGAGAUGGGGGCUUCGAAGGAUGAGUUUGUGAGGCUUCUGCAAAAGGAGCCAUCUCUGCUGCUGCGGUCUGUGGAGCGAGACAUCGUACCCAAGGUGGCAUUCUUCAGGGACCUGGGUGGCCCACCCAGGACAACCAUGGCCUGCCUGGUUCAGAACCCAAGGAUGCUGACCUACAGCCUGGAAGACCAGCUCAAGCCAUGCCUCAGCUUCCUCACAAAGCAGUUGCACAUCCCCAAAGAUGAGUACAUGCACCUCCUGAAAAGACGCCCAUCCCUCAUGGGCUUCUCAGUAGAUUACAAGCUUGUGCCCAAGCUGCAGUACUUUGCCACACUUGGGCUGUCGCCAAAUGAUGUUGGCAAGAUGGCAGUGAAGUUCCCUGCAGUGCUAACAGCCAACUUGAAUCGCAAGGUGGAGGUCCUAGUGCAGUUCCUGGUGUCAGACCUCAAGAUCCCUGAGGGAAACAUAGGGGCCAUUAUCAAGCGCAUGCCCUCCCUGGUGACUAACUCCAUGGAGAGCAACCGCAGCCGACAUGAAUACUAUUUGGGGCUUGGAUUGUCAUCAGAAGACGUAGGAAAGAUGGUGUUGGAGUUUCCGCAGGUGCUGGGAAAUUCCCUGUCUGGGGAAAUGCCAACGAAGGUGCAGUUUCUGCAGCAGGAGAUGGAAAAGGACCUGGAGGAGCUGGUGAAGUUUCCCUACUUUUUGAAUUACUCUUUCAGAGAUAGGAUCGUCCCCAGGGCCGGCUUCCUCAAAAUAGUGAAGGGUAGAAAGGGCAUUAAGGAUGUGUCAUUGUUCAAGAUGUACUACCCUUCCGAUGCAAAGUUUUGUAAAAAUGUGGUAGAAAGGCCUCAGAAGGAGUUUGAGAGGUACAGAGCAUGCCUGUGGGCUACCAAGCUGGGUGCCAAAUGGAAAAUUCGUCAUCCAGAUGACAAGGAUGCCAUUAAGAGAAUGUGUAGGAAGUGCAGUGAGUGGAUGGAAAUGGGCACUAGUCAGUAG